GUGACUUUCACACAGUGUUUCUCUCUUCCUUAUUUAUACACGUCUUGUCACCCAAGCCGUUUUGUUUUUCUUUUCGUCCUCUUCUACUCAACAUUUAAUAGCAUUGCAGCCUCCUUUAUUGCAACUGCGUUUAUUACCUUGUGUGUAACAUAACAUAACAUUUGAGACACCGAAACCACCGUUCAGUACUAUUUAUUCUUCUCUUUAUUACUUGACAUCACAACGGAACGCAUGGCUUCUGCACCUUCUUCUUCAAAUUGGGUAAUGGAAAGCUCUGAUGUUCCUCAUGUUUUGGCUGUUGAUGAUAAUCUCAUUGAUCGCAAACUUGUUGAGAAACUCCUCAGGAAUUCUUCUUGCAAAGUUACAACUGCAGAAAAUGGGCCUAGGGCAUUGGAGUUAUUGGGUUUGGCAAGUGGUGGACAGAACAACUUGAAUGGGAGAUCCAAAGUAAAUUUGGUUAUCACAGACUAUUGCAUGCCAGGGAUGACAGGCUAUGAGCUACUAAAGAAAAUUAAGGAAUCAUCUGUAAUGAAGGAGGUUCCAGUAGUGAUCAUGUCAUCUGAGAACAUACCAACUCGGAUUAACAAGUGUCUGGAAGAAGGAGCUCAGAUGUUCAUCUUAAAGCCCCUCAAACAAUCCGACGUAAAAAAACUGACAUGUCAGUUAAUGAAUUGAGAAGGUGAAAUUUGACUUUUAAGAGAGUCCAGGCAACUAGGCAAACCCUGUAUUAUUUUUUUUAUGGUCAUCUAUUGCUAAAAUCUAGGCCUUAACCAGAAUGCUACCGUCUAAUUGUAGUAGUUUAGGUGUAGAAAUGCAUUUCAUUGUUUUGAGGAAGCUGUACUUUACUUUCUUUUAUUGACCUACAUAUACCAAUUUAUUUUCUUAGAACU